UAUGAAUCCUACCCACUCUACUAUAAAUACAUUACGUUUCACAUGCAUACUUCAUCACAACAUAAACUCACACACUCUCAUUCUUAAAGCAUUCCUUUGCACCUUUCUCUAGUUUAAAGUUUGAAGUUUACUAUCUUAAUCUAAGUCAUAUCACAAAGUUUUAGCACUACUAAUAGUAAUUAAUGGCAAUGUCUAUGCAAGUGCAAGCCCUUGUUUCCAACUCUGUUGGUGCUUUUACUAAUGGCUCCAAGGCGUAUCCACUAGGGUUCAACCCUCGGAUGGCUAAACGCGUAAAUUUUGGGGUCAAGUGUAUGGCGGAGGGAGCUGGAGGUGAACCCAAGCUUGACUCCGGUGUACCCAAGUCAAACCCCACUGUAUCCUCACCCACCCCAAUACCAACCCCUAGACCUCAACCUAAGAAGGUAAGCACAAAUUUCACAGACUUGUUCGCGUUUAGCGGCCCUGCACCGGAAAGGAUCAAUGGGCGCCUAGCCAUGAUCGGGUUCGUGGCCGCAAUAGCCGUAGAACUAUCUAACGGCACAGACCUAUUUACUCAAAUAUCCGACGGUGGAUCACAAUGGUUCCUAGGAACAAGCAUCCUUCUUUCAGUAGCAUCAUUAGUGCCAUUGCUCCAAGGAAGCCGAGCAGAAGCAAAGACACAAGGGUUAAUGAACGCCAAUGCCGAGCUUUGGAAUGGUAGGAUUGCCAUGUUAGGCCUUGUUGCCUUGGCUGUUACUGAGAUUGUUAAAGGUGGAGCUCUUGUUUGAGAUUUUUUUUUUGAAAAGGCCAGUGUAAUGAGUUGAUGAAGUUUGAUAUUAUUAUUGUAAAUAGGAAUUGAAUUGAGGAAGCUAGCGAUUAUGCUCCUAUGAUAUUUUAACAGUCUUGGUAAUUGUAUACUAAAAAAGGUUUUUGUACUAA